AUGGCAGACUUUGUCAAGGGCCUUUUUGGAGGCGCAAAGCCUUCGGUGGGUGGUGCUGUACCCUCAGCCGACUCUGACUUUGCCGACUUCGCAGACGCACCUUCUCCUACGCCGGCAUCUCUGUCGAGCACUCUCUCUGCUCCUCCUGCCUACCAGACAUUCGGCGCAAAGAUCGACAUCUCGGACCGUCCUUUCACCAAGUGGUACAACGUACACGAGCGCGUGACCUGGAGCGACUUCAAGACCGAGGGCUUCGUCAUUCCCUUCCUCCUCCUCACCAUCUUCAUCCACUUCUGGGGUGUUCGCUCCAACCGCCGCCGCGCAAAUGCUUGGAUCCGCAGCCACGUGAACGCUCUCGAGAAUGAGUUCACCCACGUUGGCUUUGGCAAGAAGAUCAACCCAGCCACUGUCUCUCCUGAUGUCGCCAUGUCUGCUGGCGACAAUAUUAACCCCGAGAUCUUGCGCGAGAAGAGCAAGGACGUCUUCCUCAGCUACGCUACCGGUCGCCAGAACGUUGCUUGCGUCGACGUCAAGCUCAGCUUGCUCAAGCGCUACAACCCCUUUUCUUUGAUCUCUGAGCUCGGUCUUGGUUUCUUCUUCGAGAGCAUGGCUGGUACCGGCGAGAAGGCCGAGAUCACCAUCACCCCCUUCGACGGCAAGGAGGCUCAAUACUUCCGCGUCCGUGAGGGAGAAGAGAAGCGCUUCAAGGAUACCAGCUACGAUGGCUUCAUCUUCGCCAUUGUCAACAAGGACGCCAUGAGAAAGGUCCGCGAGGAGCGCUACGACGUUUCUCUGACCACCACCAAGGACCACGCCAAGCUCCCCCCAUGGGUCAGUGUUAUGAGCGAGAGUGCCGAAGUCACCGAGAUGCUCCUGACCCAAGAGCUUGCCAAUGCUAUCAAAGAGUGCGGCGACGACCUCGAGUCCCUUAUCGUGACCGACCUGCCAGUCGACGCCCCCAGAACUCUCGAUGAGUUGGUUCCCAAGAAGCGUGUUGUUCUUACCCUGAAGCUCAACUCUGGCACCAACACCACCUCUCUCUUCUCGUACUUCCUUCGCAUGCCCGAUCAGCUCGUUACCAGCGCCCACUUCCGUCCCGAGGUCAUGCGCCGUAUUCGCCAAACUCGUGAAGAGGAGGCCAAGAAGGUCCGCAAGAUUGUCGAGGCAGAGGGUGCCGAGGACAGAAAGUUGCUCAGCGACAAGGCCAAGAAGGAGCAGCGCGAUCGCAAGCUCAAGGGCAUGAGCGCCGAUGAGCAGAAGCGCUUCCUCGAGAGAGAAAGAGAAAAGGACAUGAGGAAGAGAGGUGGUAGGCAGACAAUGCGUGCCUAG